AUGAGCGUAGGAGCGGCCGAGCCGCAGCCACAGCCACAGCCGCUGGCGGAGAAGGCGUUGUCCGAGGCCUUCGGGCGGCUGCGGUACCGCGACACGUCGCUGUUGAUCUGGCAGCAGCAGCAGCAGCAGCUGGAGAGGCGGGUGCUGGGCGCGGGGCCCGGCCCGGGCCCGAACAGUUACCUGGGCAGGAGCCAGAGCCUGUGGUACCAGCGCUUCGGCAACCAGCCCGUGCUGGUGCGGGACAGAGCGCGUCUGCGGGAGGCCGAGGACCCGGACCCAGAGCUCGACCCCGACCCGGACCCGGUUCCGGGCCGCUCCAGGGUCUGCGCCCUCAUGUGA